AGCUCCAGGGUUCCAUGCCUGGUGGGAGGCUCCUUGGGGCCCUACCUGGGUUGUAGCUGCUGCAGGGGCCCUCCCCUCUCGGCUCCUCCCUCCGCCUGCUCCAGGCUGCUGAUUACCUGUCGGGAACUGGAGAGACCAGGAUUCCUCUUCCGCUCUUGCUGUUGUUAGGGGAAACAGACCAACCAUCUGCAUCUAGACCCGUCUGCCUCUCCCUCUCUCCCUUUUAAAUGAGUUCUUCCUGCCUGGAAUCUGUGACCCGUAUGUGAAGCUUUCGUUGUAUGUAGCGGACGAGAAUAAAGAAUUGGCCUUAGUCCAAACAAAGACAAUUAAAAAGACGCUGAACCCAAAGUGGAAUGAAGAAUUUUAUUUUAGAGUAAAUCCAUCUAAUCACAGGCUCCUAUUUGAAGUAUUUGAUGAGAAUAGAUUGACACGAGACGACUUCCUGGGCCAAGUGGACGUGCCUCUUAAUCACCUUCCGACAGAAGAUCCAACCAUGGAGAGACCCUAUACAUUUAAGGACUUUCUUCUGCGACCUAGAAGUCAUAAAUCUCGAGUCAAGGGAUUUUUGCGGUUGAAAAUGGCCUACAUGCCGAAAAACGGAGGUCAAGAUGAAGAAAACAGUGAGCAGAGGGACGACAUGGAGCACGGGUGGGAAGUUGUUGACUCAAAUGACUCCGCUUCCCAGCACCAGGAGGAGCUCCCUCCUCCUCCCCUACCCCCAGGGUGGGAAGAGAAAGUGGACAAUUUAGGACGCACUUACUAUGUCAACCACAACAACAGGAGUACACAGUGGCACCGGCCCAGCUUGAUGGACGUGUCCUCUGAGUCGGACAAUAACAUCAGACAGAUCAACCAGGAGGCUGCUCACCGGCGCUUCCGCUCACGGAGGCACAUUAGUGAGGAUUUGGAGCCUGAGGCCUCAGAAGGUGGUGGAGAGGGUCCUGAGCCUUGGGAGACCAUUUCAGAGGAAGUGAACAUGGCAGGAGACUCCCUCAGCCUGGCUUUGCCCCCACCACCUGCCUCCCCAGUAUCUCGGACCAGCCCCCAGGAGCUGUCAGAGGAGCUGAGCAGAAGGCUGCAGAUCACUCCAGAUUCUAAUGGGGAACAGUUCAGUUCUCUGAUUCAGAGGGAGCCCUCCUCGAGGCUGCGGUCUUGCAGUGUCACUGACGCCGUUGCAGAGCAGGCUCACCUACCACCGCCCAGCACCCCAACUAGGAGAGCACGUUCGUCAACUGUCACAGGUGGUGAGGAGUCAACGCCAUCAGUGGCCUAUGUACAUACUACGCCGGGCCUACCUUCAGGUUGGGAAGAAAGAAAAGAUGCUAAGGGACGCACAUACUAUGUCAAUCAUAACAAUCGAACCACAACUUGGACUCGACCGAUCAUGCAGCUUGCAGAAGAUGGUGCCUCUGGAUCGGCCACAAACAGUAACAACCACCUAAUCGAGCCUCAGAUCCGCCGGCCUCGUAGCCUCAGCUCGCCAACAGUAACUUUAUCUGCCCCACUGGAGGGUGCCAAGGACUCACCCAUACGCCGGGCUGUGAAAGAUACCCUUUCCAAUCCACAGUCCCCUCAGCCAUCACCUUACAACUCCCCCAAACCACAACACAAAGUCACACAGAGUUUCCUGCCACCCGGCUGGGAGAUGAGGAUAGCUCCAAACGGCCGACCCUUCUUCAUUGACCAUAACACAAAGACUACGACAUGGGAAGAUCCACGACUGAAAUUUCCAGUGCAUAUGCGGUCAAAAGCAUCUUUAAACCCCAAUGACCUUGGCCCUCUUCCUCCUGGUUGGGAAGAAAGAAUUCACUUGGACGGCCGCACGUUCUACAUUGACCAUAAUAGUAAAAUUACUCAGUGGGAAGAUCCAAGACUGCAGAACCCAGCCAUCACUGGUCCGGCUGUUCCUUACUCCAGAGAAUUUAAACAGAAAUAUGACUACUUUAGGAAGAAAUUAAAGAAACCUGCUGAUAUUCCAAAUAGAUUUGAAAUGAAACUACACAGAAAUAACAUAUUUGAAGAGUCCUAUCGGAGAAUCAUGUCUGUGAAAAGACCAGAUGUCCUGAAAGCUAGACUGUGGAUUGAGUUUGAAUCAGAGAAAGGCCUGGAUUAUGGGGGCGUGGCCAGAGAAUGGUUCUUCUUACUGUCCAAAGAGAUGUUCAACCCCUACUAUGGCCUUUUUGAGUACUCUGCAACGGACAACUACACACUUCAGAUCAAUCCCAACUCAGGCCUCUGUAAUGAAGACCAUUUGUCCUAUUUCACUUUCAUUGGAAGAGUUGCUGGCCUGGCAGUAUUUCAUGGGAAACUCUUAGAUGGUUUCUUCAUUCGACCAUUCUACAAGAUGAUGUUGGGGAAGCAGAUAACUCUGAAUGACAUGGAGUCUGUGGAUAGUGAGUACUACAACUCUUUGAAAUGGAUCUUAGAAAAUGAUCCCACCGAACUGGACCUCAUGUUCUGCAUAGAUGAAGAAAACUUCGGGCAGACAUAUCAAGUGGAUUUGAAGCCCAAUGGAUCAGAAAUAAUGGUAACAAAUGAAAACAAAAGAGAAUAUAUUGACUUAGUCAUCCAGUGGAGAUUUGUGAACAGGGUCCAGAAGCAAAUGAAUGCCUUCUUGGAGGGAUUUACAGAACUUCUUCCAAUUGAUUUGAUUAAAAUUUUUGAUGAAAAUGAGCUGGAGUUGCUGAUGUGUGGCCUUGGUGAUGUCGAUGUGAAUGACUGGAGACAACAUUCUAUCUACAAGAACGGCUAUUGCCCGAAUCACCCUGUCAUCCAGUGGUUCUGGAAGGCUGUGCUACUAAUGGACGCUGAGAAGCGGAUUCGGUUACUGCAGUUCGUCACAGGGACCUCCCGAGUACCCAUGAAUGGAUUUGCUGAACUUUAUGGUUCCAAUGGUCCCCAGCUGUUUACAAUAGAGCAGUGGGGCAGUCCUGAAAAACUGCCCAGAGCUCACACAUGCUUUAAUCGCCUUGACUUACCUCCAUAUGAAACCUUUGAAGAUUUACGAGAGAAACUUCUCAUGGCCGUGGAAAACGCCCAAGGAUUUGAAGGAGUGGAUUAAGGCCUCCUGCCUCUGGGGGUGCUGCCCAUCCAGCAAGUUCCGAGUGCACUUUUGCAUUUGCCUAGCAGACUUUUGCAGAGCCGGUGGCAGAGGCAGCUGCCUGGCCUGGCUCCGGAGCCCAGCCUCCUCCAGGCCCUGCCUGAGUUCCGCCAGAGAACCCAGCUCCAGCUCCAGUGCCCGCCUCUUUCACCACCAAUUCUCAACUGGUUGACGUGUACACUAAUUACAUUUCAGGAGGACUUGUUCUAUUUAUGUUGUGCCUCUGCAGGCAAAGCCCUUAAUAAAUAUUUUGCAUACUUUCUAAUGACAAUGAAUGGAAUUAAUCACUCUACAGGUAUAGUAUUACAACUCAUGUUUACUUUUUAAAAUGAUUUAGACCGAUUUUCAGAUUUUAUUUCAUUAAGAUGUCUCAUGUACUUGGAAAAGUGAGCUUUUUUUUUGUAAUUGAAUUUCAUACCAAGCUUAAUGUCAAUGGCGUUUUUAUUUUUGAAGUACUUUGACACUCCCACUCUCUAUUAGAAUUGGAAGACUAAUUUUUGUCCAAAAACCUUCUACAUACAAGUACUUUGAGAGAAUUUCAAAUAAAACAUUAAGCAUAAUGAUUUUUUUUUCCAUACUCAGAAUAAAAAUAAACUGGAUAAUACCUUUUUGUACAAAUUUCAAUACUAGCUACAGGCUUGGAGAAUUGUAACAUAGCAUGAUAUCUUUGUGUUCACGUGAAAGAAAUGACGCCAUUGUUCCUUAGAAGUAUUGGCAUACGCGGUCACACAUUUCAGAUAGGGUGGGACUGUCAUUUCUCAUCAGAAAUCCUUCCCCCUUCCUGUUGCUGUACAGAGAUCCCUUUCUUCUCUUUUCUCUUUGUUGUAUGUAGUAGAGACAUUUCCAGUGAAAUUCGGCGCUGCUUUAUUUCAAACUGAGGAAGCCAGAUCUAGUGGUCUCUCAUCUCUGUGUUUGCUAAACAGAAACUAAAUAACCAGUUCUAACUGCAGCAAUUCUGAAGGCACUUUAUAUCCUACACAGUCAUAUCUGGUUUUGUUUUCAUUUCUUCUCAUAAACAUUAAAUGAUGAUCAUUUUCCUUCCCCGCACACAUCUUUCUGGUGCAAUAUAUAUCCGUUGUAAAUCUGGCUGCUGGUGUAUAAAAACCGGGAUGUAAUGCUGAGCCUAUAUACCUGUCUUCUCCAAUUGUUUUGUCAUUUCUACUCAACAACAAGGAUUUACUUACUAUACACUUAACUAAGUUUUGUUACGUAUCGUAUGACCUGUUGCAUGCUUCGAUACUGUAUACUGCCUGAGUCAUGUCUAUUGUGUGCUAAUUUUAAAGUGAGCUAGAAGACCCAGUGGGAUCCACUGAGCUCAAGCUGCGUAGCUGGCAGUGGUGGAAGUGUGAGGGUGUCUGCAGUGUGUAAGUGUCCAUUACAGAAUUCUGUCAUUUCUGAGAAGAUGCCUGAGACAGUAUGGGAGUUCAGCAUCCCUGCUGUCCUUUUAACAUGUGUUGUCCUAGACCCUGUCAUGGAAGUUAGGUGACACCAGAUAUUUUGAUCUCUUCCCAGUUGUGGAUAAGACAAAAAGACUGUGGUUUUGAGGUCUCUGUGGGGGCCAUGGGAGAAGCUGUGGACAUUUGUGGUUGUGACUGUGUUGUCUGAAAGAGUACAGAGAGUACUGAAGUUCCAGAGGUGGAUUCCUACCACACUUGAGUAUUGGCUUCCUUCCACGUGGUAUUAAGUGAUUAUAAAAUACAUUUAACACUCAUAUUUUUUGCCUUUUGGUGAGAUUUCUUUUCUCCCUUUGGUUAACAGAUGUGGGGGGGGGGUCUCUUUUUGUAACCUUCCUAGUCCAGAGCCAUUUCUUGGUUACAAAUCGUGCCAAAGCCUGUGCUAAGCAGUGUGCUUUGAUAAGGGGCAAAACCAAAUCUAGUCUAAGAACAAGGGUUGUUCUAUGAUUCUGUAAGCUCUAUAUUGAAUCACACUAUUCAUUAAGUGCAAUUAGGCCAAGUAUUAAAAAUUCGCAAAGAGCCAGUGAGAUGGCUCAUUGGGUCACGGUGCUUGCCACCAAGCCUAACAACCUGAGUUCAGUCCCCAGGACACAAAUGGUGGAAGGCAAGAACUGACUCCCAAAAGUUGUCCUCUGACCUUUACACACUCACACGUAAAUAUAAUAAAAUCAUUAAAGGAAAGAAAAUAGGAAAAAAUGAAACUUACUUUUAUCAUUUCCUAAACCAAGAGCAGAAAAGAGUUACUGCUGUGUACUCCUGGGAAUACUUGAAAGGCAGGUCGCUUGCCCCUUAGUAAUACUGACUUUAAUAGCUAUUGCUGGAUUUGGGAGUUGGUUUGUUAACAAAAUCAGAACAGUUCACUAGCUUCCCUGGGGAGGUCCAGUUUGUGAAGUUUCACUUCUUGCCUAAGAUGGUUUCAUGUCUUCUUGUCUCCAGAUCUCAAUGCCCAUGCCCAGUCAUAACAUAAUUAUAAGUGGCAUUAGAGUGCAUGCUCUGCUCAGGGGCAGGUUGCAAAGUCAUUCCUUGGGCCUCCCCAUUCCCCUAGUGGGGAGGAGGGUGGUACUGCUCAUCCUUCUUGUCCCAACAGACAUACUAUUCUGUGCCCAGGGGGUCUCUCUGUUGCCUGCUUCCUUCUGAGCUGUAGUGAUCAUGUAAUCCUGCCUCCUUGGAUCCCUGCAUACAAUAGUUGUUGUAAACUAGUCACCUACAGGUUAUGAAAUGGGUUCCAGGGCUCUUACUGCAUUGUGGGAAAAGCUUUGAGCAUCAUGUGGCUACCUUUGUGUUUUCUGCCCCUGCCCCCCUUUAGUCUGUGAAUAAGUCUAGAUUAAUCUGCUGCCUCCAGAACAGGUGGUGGGAGGCAUCUUCAUUACACUUUCCUUGUCUGUCUGAAACAUGCAUCAUUCUUUACCUUUCCGUAGCCAGUCCUCUAACAAAUCAUAAGAACCAGAGACAGGUACUUUAUUUUUGUUUCCAUGGCUAAAGAUGUAGCUUAGUGGCAGAGUAUUUGCCUAGCUUGUACAAAGCCCUGGGUUUGAUCCCCAUUGCUGAAGGGGAAUAAGAAAAAUUUUUUUAAAAAUCUAUCCCCAAGGACUUUGAUUAGAAGAUAGCGUGUAAUCCCUAAAUUCACAUAGCAAAUUAUGUCCAGUGACUUGACAUGAAUUGUUCCUCCCAUAUAAGGACCCUGUAGCAGAUUUUGGCAAAUGGCUUGCAAAACAUUUGAACCAGCUGCUCCAUGUCAUGUACUGUUGUUGCUCUUUGAUCUUACUAGAUUCCAUUUUGUUCUCUUCAGAGUCAAGUUCAUAUCGAGCAGCAUCUAAUGUUCUCUCAGUUACCAUAUUUUUUUUUACUUUUCCUAAUAGUCUUGUAUCUCACCUCUGAAAGUCUACAAGAGCCUAGGUUCAUCAGCUGCCCAGCUCCCCACUGGACUAGCUCUGUUCUUUCUGUCCUUUUCCUUCCUUACCUUGUCUCACUCAGCACCCAAAGGGAAAUGCUGUCUGUUGUCAUUAGCUUCCUGGCCAGUAGGGGUGCUGGUGUGCAGGGUCACCGCCUGCCCUGCUUCCUGUCCAGCCUCCAGAAGACCACAUACUACCUCUGUCUCAUUCAGGCAUUGGGGUAUAUCCUAAGUCAUGUCAAAACUGCCAAUUUCAGGACUGGGAUGUGUUUUAAAAAAAAACUUAUAAACUCCACUUUGUACUUUAGAUUUUAAAACUGGGAAGAAAAUGUGAUACACCUUGGACCACUUUUUUUCAUUUAUAUAAGCCUUAAUGAACAGUGUAUAUACACGUGUGUAUGCACACACCACCCCAGAGUGUUUUCAGUGUGUCAGAGUAAAGCUAUAGUUUCAAGACAUGAGCCUGUAUAGUGUUUUCUAGAAAAGGGGUAGUUUCCUGUUGGUAUGAAAUUCUCCAAGAAAACUUCUCAUUUGGCGUCUAUCCUUUGUUUAAAAAAUGUUAAUAGUCCAAGCAGUGCAUGUUUGGAAUGCAUGUCCCUUGAUUGGUUUUAUGUUUGUAAAGAGUAAUGGUAGGAAUCUAAGGACAUCACUGUUGGUGCCUGACCUCUAGUGUCCUGCAUUUGCCACCAUGUAUCCGUGCAUUGAACGCGUUUCCCGUAGCCAUAAUCUGUGUCAACAGAUGUCUGUAUCCCUGUCUCAUACUCAGACUGAUUUUACCAACAUUGUCAGUUUCCUCCAUGUUAACUCUGUGUGACUUCGUCUUUCCUUUGCUACCCCACAUGUAACAUAUAUACAUAUAUACAUGUGUAUGCUGUCCAAAUAUAUAUGUAUAUAUUUGUAUAGCAUUUUUACACCUUUAUGAGUAAUCUGGAUUCAAAAGGGAAUAAGACUUUAGUCCCUUCUACAGUUUUCUCUUGUGUCCUGAGAAUUCUGACCCUCAGAGCCUGUUAUCAAAUGAAAACAUGGGGGAAGAAAAUAUGGUGACUUCAAAGGUGAAAAGAAUUUCAAGCAUUCCAAAUGAAUUCUCAGUGUUUCAUAACUUUUUAUUAUAACCCCACCUCCUAACAAAGCCAAGUGCUAUUUGAUACAAUGGUCAAAAACCAAACUACCUUGACUUUUUUUUAAGACAACUUAAUGGAUAAUGCUCAUUUUCACAAUCAGAAGAGCUUUAACUUAUGGUUGAAUUUGAUAUAUGCAGGAAAAGUUUUAAGGACAAGUCCUUUCUUUGCUUUCUUCUGGAGAGAUCUAAAGAGAAAUUGUAGCUUGUUUUCCUGACAGCAAACGAAAAAAUGUGACAAAAUGAAGUCGUUGUAAAGCAGUGAUGCAACUUGUCAAAUAUUUAAUAAAGAUAUGGAAGCUGGAACAUUUCCUACAUCAA